CAGAUUUUAUCGACGUUUGAGUUGAUUCUCCACAUCAAACGUCGAUAGGUUAUAAAGAAACAAACCAGAUCUGCUCUGACUGAAAUAGUUUGCUGUUACGGAGCAACAUGACUAAUGAGACUGCAUCAUAUGAAUAUAGCCCAUUCUAUGAAGAUGAGAUGUGUCACAAAGAGGAGGUGGUGAAAGUCGGAUCCAUUGUUAUUCCGAUCUUUUUCACAGCAGUGGUUGUGUUGAGCUGCAUCGGUAACAUCCUCGUUCUGGUCAUCCUUGCACUCUACGAGAGCCUCAGAUGCCUGACCAACGUCUUCAUCCUUAAUGUAGCUCUGUCAGAUCUGCUGUUCACUUUUGGACUACCGUUUUGGGCCUCGUACUACAUCUGGGGCUGGACAUUUGGAGACGCUGGCUGUAAAGCUGUGAAGUUUCUGUUCUACCUCGGCUUUUACAGCAGCGUGUUGUUUUUGACUCUAAUGACUGUUCAGCGUUACAUGGCAGUGGUUCAUCCUCUGUCUGACUGGGAGAGAUGCAGAGGCCUUUCAGUCUCUCCUUUUAUCGUUUGGAUCCUGAGUGGAAUUAUUGCACUGCUUAGUUCACUUCAAAGCGAAGUCAUGAGAGAGUCUGAAAAUCUGUACUGUGAAUAUGGCAGUGAUAAGUGGAAAUAUGGCAUUGUUUAUUUUCAAAAUGCUUUUUUCCUCUUUGCAUUUGUAAUCAUGGGUUAUUGCUAUGGCAGAAUGCUUCAGACAAUCACCAAAUCACGGACUAAUAAGAGACACAAGACUGUUAGACUAAUAUUCUGCAUUGCACUGGUGUUUUUUAUUGGUUGGGCUCCAUAUAACAUUGUCAUGUUCCUAAAAUCUUUGAACGUCCAUCCAUUCACAGACUGUGACGAUAAUUCCUUUCUCUAUCAAGCAGCAAAAACAUUCAGUUGUGAGAAAAUUAUGUUCUAAAUUAUAACCGGUGUUCUUACUUUUUGUGGUUGAAGUUCUCAAUAUUUUGUAAAUACAAAUAUAACUGAAAGUAAGUAAUGAAAGAACCCCACCAACAAAUAUGCCAUUAGUAAUGCAGGAAAUUUUCCAAUAUGAAUUUAAAAUAUAUCUAUUCUUCUAUCUUUUACUGUAUAUUAUGACUUUUUAUGUUUAUGUCACUGUUUGUACAAUUUAUUAAAUGGAUAAUGCAGAGUAAAAGUAAAAUACUGCAUGAGCAUAAAAUAUGACUCCAGUUUAUGCAGCUACACUCUCUUAAAAAUAAAGGUACUUUUUGGCAUCUAUGGUUCCAUGA